GUCUACAGAAAGCGUGAGUUGGUGAGUGAGAGAGUGAGUGGAUCGUCCAUAGCACUUCUACUGUUAGUGUUCCCAAGUGUCUGAAGUGAAGUUGGAGCCGUUGGAGCUCUCUGUGGGAGAAGCCAGAUUUUUGUGGGAUCGAUCGCCUAUUGUCGUCAUCGUGCUUCUUGUGGUGUCCCCGUGAACCCAAAGAUUGACCAAGCUCGUUGGUUGUUCCUCCACUGUCCAUCAUUUCUGGGGUGUCUUCCGGGGUCAGAUCCGAGAUCUUGAACCUCACACCGAAUACUUUCAGCUCCGCCCAACGGCGUCCCUUCUCUCACGACCAAGCCCAAUCAUCUCAACCCGACACCAUGCCCAACAUCAAAGUAUUCUCAGGCUCUUCUCAUCCGGAUCUGACCCAAAAACUGUGCGAUCGAUUGGGCAUCGAUACGGGAAAAGUGGUCACGAAGAAAUUUAGUAACCUAGAAACAUGCGUAGAAAUUGGCGAGUCUGUCCGUGGUGAGGAUGUGUACAUCGUUCAAUCCGGCUGCGGAGAGGUCAAUGACAAUCUCAUGGAGUUGCUCAUCAUGAUCAAUGCUUGCAAGAUCGCUUCCGCUGAACGGGUCUCGGCCGUCAUCCCUUGUUUUCCCUAUGCUCGACAAGACAAGAAAGACAAAGUAAGCCGGGCCCCCAUCAGCGCCAAGUUGGUGGCUAACAUGCUCUCAGUGGCUGGAGCCGAUCAUAUCAUCACCAUGGAUUUGCAUGCCUCUCAAAUCCAGGGCUUCUUCGACAUUCCCGUGGACAAUCUCUACGCCGAGCCCGCCGUCCUGAAAUGGAUCAAGGAGAACAUUGUCGAUUGGCGAGAUGCCAUCAUUGUAUCGCCGGAUGCGGGCGGUGCCAAGCGGGUCACGGCCAUUGCGGAUCGACUGAAUAUUGAGUUCGCUUUGAUUCAUAAGGAGCGGAAACGGGCCAAUGAGGUGGCCAGUAUGGUCUUGGUGGGUGACGCCAAGGGCAAGGUGGCCAUUCUGGUCGACGACAUGGCGGACACUUGCGGGACGAUCUGCCAUGCGGCUGAUAAGCUCAUGGAAGCGGGUGCCACAAAAGUGUACGCCAUUUUGACUCACGGCAUCUUUUCGGGCCCUGCUUUGAAUCGAAUCAAUGCCGCCUGCUUUGAGGCGGUGGUGGUCACCAAUUCCAUCCCACAAGACAAGCACAUGCGCGAAUGUCAAAAGAUUCAAUGUAUUGACGUGUCGAUGAUGUUCGCGGAAGCCGUUAGAAGGACUCACAAUGGAGAGUCGGUAUCCUACUUAUUCUCCAAUGUUCCUUAUUGAUGUGGCAAUCUCGCUUCGCUCAAGAACCCAAAAUACGAGCUAAAAUUGAUUAUCAAUGCAAUUGGCCGAGUGAAAUUUGGUUGCAAUAAAAGAAAAUUCCCAAAAUGACCGCACAGAA